UAUUAUACACGCCCCAGGUCUCUGAAAUCUACAGGAAUUCAAAUGUCUAAUCUGUAUAUAUAUGUAUAUGUUUUAUCCUUUGAGAAUAAAUAGUGAUUUAAAAGAAAAACAGAUCAGUUGUUGAACCGCUCUGCUCGUGAUAUUCUGCCGUUGAUGUUGGAGGUUGCUCUUAUCCACCUCGAGGACUAGAUGCGAUAGCCAGCACGAGAUAUGCCGCAGCCCAAAUCACGAAAAAUCGCCAUCCUCGGGUACAGAUCCGUAGGAAAGUCCUCGCUAACAAUUCAGUUUGUGGAAGGCCAGUUUGUUGACUCAUAUGACCCAAGAAUAGAAAACACAUUUACCAAGAUGAUCACGAUAAACGGACAGGAAUACCACCUGCAGUUGGUAGAUACAGCGGGACAGGAUGAAUACUCUAUCUUUCCUCAGACCUAUUCCAUAGAUAUCAAUGGUUACAUCCUGGUCUACUCUGUCAGGUCUAAAAAAAG